GACAGAGGAGCACCUGUGUUCUGUCGAAAAAAACGAAAAAUGGAACUCACAGAAAGAAACACCAGCCUCUUUCGAGGAGUAAGAGCCUCGCCAUGCCGCUUCUCCUGGCCUCUCAGACAGGAGUGCCAGCGCCUUUCUCUCUCCCGCCGUACUUCUGCGUCGCUUUCUUCCUCUCCCCGCAGUUCUCUCCGACCCGUUUACUCUCUCCUGCUUCUGUGCGUCUUUUCUCUUCCCUCUUUGUUGAAUGCCGCAGGCACCGCGGACCUAGCGGCACAGCAGAGGCCGUCCGGCGACAAGGCAAAAGAGGCGAAGCCUCUCUCCUCCGAGGCGUCUUCGUCGUUUCUGUCUGCUUCUAAAGAGACUGUUCCAAGCAGCGGCCUUGCCUCGUAUCCUUCUCUUCCCACAGCUCCCUUUUCGUCGAAGACGCACACAGCAGAACUCGACGGAGAACAAAAUGUUCAAGAUGUUGAGCAUGAGAGAUAUGCAGAAACAGCGAAGGCAGUUGCGUUGGAGGAGAAAGUAGGAGGAACACAACCGUUCCUCCCCUCAGUCUCGAAAGAGGAGACAGGCCUCACGCGCGCAGAUAUCCGACCUGCUUCUAAUCGGCUUUCCCCGUUUUCUGUCGCGGAAGCCCACAAGACGCUCUCCACGGACGUUUCGUCUUGGCAGGCGACUCCCGCCUCUUCUCGCUCUUUUUCAGAGUCAUCAGAGGAGACCGCGAAUGCGAGGAAGUCUACACUUGAAGGAGACGUUUCUCUCUCGGCUAUCUCAACUCCGUCCGUGUCGUCUUCCUUUGCUUCUUCUUCUCCUUUCUCUUCUUCUUCUUCUUUUUCUUCUUCUGCUUUCUCUUCUUCUUCUGCUUUUUCUUCUUCUUCCGUUGCUUCUGAAUUUCCGUUUCCUUCGUCGUCUUCUGCCGCUCCUUUGACGGCGGAGGAUGGUAUGUCUUUUCCGAUUCUAGAGGAUGGGGUGUUGAGCGUUUCCUUGAUUUUCACACACGAUGACGAUGGCGAUUGUCUCCUUCAAGAUGGCGAUUCUCUCGCCACGAUGUUCAAGAACGGGGAUGUUGGCGGCAUCAUGAAGUCUCUCGUCAGCGUCACUUCUGACAUCUCCAGGUGGACGUCACCCUUCCGCUUCUUGCGUUUCCUCUCGCCCUCGAGGUCUGUCUCUCCUCGAAGUUCAAAUCCCGAGAAGCCAAGCAGAAGACGAACUUUCUUCCCCACUCGACGCCGAGGCAAAGCGACAGCAGCCGAGGCGCAGGCGUUCGGAAACGCGCUACAAGAGACAGAUACAGACGUUACAGUAGUCGCAAGACAUGCGACUGGCUGGGAUGAGCGACACACUACUGACGAGGAAAAACAGGUUGAUGAGUCAAGUCGGGCAUUUCGGACAGAACCGCGUCUUGAACCUUCUGCUCUGGAGUCGUCUGCACCUUCUUUGUCUUCCUUCUCUUCUCCCUCUUCUUCCUCGUAUUCUCCUUUUCCCUCUUCUUCCUCUUCUUCUCCGUUUUCUGCGUGUCUGGAGGCGGAGACGCUCGAGCCGGGAGAGAGAUUGGGAGACUUGGAGAGAGGACCCACGGAGGGAUUUCCACCUUGCUCGCCGGCAGAGAAGCGGGCGUUGAGUUUGACGACAGCGCAGCGUCUCUUUCGCUUUUUCUCAUCUGUCAAAAAAGAGAAUUUGGGCUUCUCCGUUUGCCAGGCGUUGACCGAGCCCACAGUAAACAUUCGCGCGUUUUGCUCGCUGUUGCGCGUCGCGAAAAACGAAAUGGUUUGUAGACACCGUGUCCACGACUGCUCGGCUAUUCCCGCGAGUCUCUACUCGUCUCCCAUCGACUAUGGAGCCUCGGAUGACCUUCACAUUUAUCCAGUGAGACCCUCGACUUGGAGCAUCUACAGACACCUGUUCCCCGCGAUAACCAUCCCGAAGUCUUCUCCGCAGUCGCUCUCCUCGUUCUCUCUCUCUCCUUCUUCCUCUGUCCUCGACCUUCCUCUCGUGCCUCUUCAGUCCAUCCGCGCUCCUCUCUCUCCUGACUCUUCUGCUCCUCCGUCUUCUUCUGUGCCUGCUGAAGUGAUCGAGUUAGAAGGACCGACGUAUGCGUUGCUGUGGGAAGGCCUUCGUCGUCUGUACGACUACUUUGAGUUUCGCGUCUGCGAAAAAGAAGUCUUGUCGGCCGCAGUCUCUUCGCCGUCCGGCCCUCAGAUCGCCCGUCCAGCGUCUUCUUCUUCGUCUUCGUCGUCUUCGUCUUCGUCGUCUUCGUCUUCUUCGUCGUCUUCUGCUUCUUCUGCUUCUUCUUCAGCCCCCGAGUUCCUGCCCGGUUGGACGACGGAGAUGAUUUUGCAUGCGGUUCAGCCAGGCGCGACGCCUCGGAGUCCGCUGGCGAUUCUGGCUCGGCGGGGGCGGACGGCGUUGCUUCUGAUGCGAGGAACGCAGACGCAGUUUGAGUGGGCGUUGAACUCGCAGUAUGAACUCACGUUUGGAUGGAACGACCUGUGGGAUGGCAAGGUCGAGGCAGGAUUUUCGCGGGUGUUUGCGGCAGUCUCACCCGCGAUCCAAGUGUACCUGGGGGAGCUGACGAAGCGCGGCGAGCUGGACCGCAUUGUGGUCUCUGGACAUUCGCUGGGCGCUGCUGUCGGGAGUCUCCUCUCCUACUCUUUAUCGGUGUCUUUCCCCAGCGUUUCCGCAGUGCUCUUCGCACCGCCGAGAGCCGGCGACCAACUCUUCAUGGACUCCUGGGGCAGACGAGUGAACGGUCGCGCGCUGAAGUUCUCGCUCGACCCAGUUCCGGAAGUUCCCUGCCGAACGAUGCCGCGCUGCGAUGCACGACGCGACGCCACAAAGAAGAAGCGAGCGCACAGUGCCGAGUUCAGUGCAGAGUCGGCAGGUGGAGCAGCAGCCUCCGCUGCGCGAGAGCGACUCGGGAGACGCCAGUUUGAGGCCGAGAGAAGGAACGGAGAAUCCCAAACGCCGGCGCGAACUGGCGACGCGCAGCCUGAGGGCAGAGAGGGGCACAGCCCACUGGAAGACGAAGGGAGAGAUGCGUUUGGAAGAAGCGCUGCGGAAGACGAGAGAAACAGAGGAAAUCCGAAUGCGGCUGGCGAGACUUCCCAAGACGAGGCAGAGAACGCGCAAGCGUCCCUGCGGUUCGCUGCGAGAGAGAAACCUCUCGAAGUCCUCAGAUUCCGAGAAGACACUCCAGACACUCUGACGUAUGCAGACUAUCCAAACAGCGUGGAGUUCACACCCGCAGACAUGCCGAAUGCGAAGGACCAGACGCCUCUGCAUGCAAAGUACAAUCACUUUUGCGCCUACUCAUGCUGGCUGACCUCGCGCUUCAACCCAGACAACCCAAACAGCCACUGUGGAAAAGGAAAAAACGAGAAACGCCGAUUCGACGACGACUACGAUCCUGCGGUGUGUUCCUCUCUGUGAGCGACAGGUCGAAGCGAAAGGGGAGGCACGAGCCUUCGUCAGCCGGAGGUUCGUGAAAAAGCCAUGCAGAAAAGCGUCUCGCUCUUUCCAAUCUCCUCCUUCUUUCCCCUCCCUCCUCUGGUUCUCUGCCUCUCUCUCGUUUGCGAUUCGCGUCACUUGUAAGGAAAGACGAGAAUCGCUUGAGAACAGAAAAACAAGAAGCUCCCUAGUCCAAGGGACAGUGGCGCGUGGAGCUUGAUGGCCGAGUUCAAGUUGAUUUUUUGUGAAGAACAGAGGGAGGAAAACGAAAAUCGAGAGAGGAAUGUCGUCAGCGCGAAGAAAAAUAGCGAUUAGAAAGAAGACACCUGGUUGCAAGGAAAUCCCCGUUUGCAGUCGUGGAUGCACCGGACCGCCGAACUGCGUUGUGUCAUCAGUUUUCUAUGUUCUUGGAUCGCGGGAACUCCCUCGGAUGCGACUUUCGAAACUCCUAGAACGUCGCGUCUGUAAGGAAAGAACCGCGCGGUCCCUCGCACCUGUCCUUGGUCUUCUCUAGGUCAUGAAAAAAGAACCUAUGGAUAUCGCAGUUGUAAUCGUCGCCUCUAACUUCGAGAAAAAGACCGUUGAAAAUCUCAUGUCUCAGAUCGCCUCUCCAUCGAAACCACACGACAGGUCACCGGUCACUUUUAGAGCAGGAGCCCGUUCUGCGAAUCUCCUUGUUUUCUCUCUAAUUUUUUCUUCCUCGAGCCGCCUCGUUGCGUUUGUUUCCUCUUCUUCAAUGCCUUGUUUCUCUCUUUUCCGAUGGUUUCAAUCCACGCUGGAAGGCAGUGCGGCACUCUCUGUUUCGAAUUCUUUUUUCUGUCACUGUCGUUGCCUGUCGUUCUGCAGCAACGAAUCCUCACUAGGUCUCUCCGCAGUGUCUCUUCUCCGGUCUCUUGUGUUAAGCUGUUGAAUCAAGUUCUCCAGAACAGACGCACCAUUCCACGAUGGCGACUUUCCGCAUGCUCCAGUGUGUGAGGAUAUAAUUUGAGUUUUUCAGACUCAAAGCCACACUGAACGCGAGAGAAUGUACCCUAGAUGCUUUU